AUGGCGUACGUCGACUACACGACGGGCCCCCCUUCCUUCCGUUGCGUCGCCGCCAUGACCGACGACGAGAUUGACAAGGCAAACUCGACGCCUUCCUACGGGUACCCCGACCCCGAGGAGUGCAGCAUCGCUGCACGCCCUCUGGUGACGGGUCCCGCAGGUGAGCCGACAGUCACUGCCGAGCCGAUUGCUCCUCCUCCUGUUGUCGCUGCUCCCGUCGCUUCUCCUGCCGGCACUGCCAGCACCACCACCACCACCACCACCACCACCACCACCACCACAGUCGCCAACAAGGGGCCUCAUGCCCUGGCUCACUACAUCGGCCUGCGCGAGGCAGAGCGCGCGAGAUUGGCCGCCAAGCCGGACCCCAAGCACACCAGCCGAUGGGUCUGUUACGUCCGUGGCUGCGCCGUCACCGGCGCCACGGAGAACAAGCGCGGACUCAGUGUCCACUGGAAGAACGGGGCGCACGCCGAGGAGAAGCCGCGUGACCCGAGGAAGGAUUUCGAGGUGCCGAUCGAUGAUUGGUUCCGAGACGAGGGCUUGCGGGCGACGUGGGAGGCGGGGUGUAGAGAGGAGUUUGAUACGUUGUUGGCGUGA